UACCUUAGGUACCUAGGUACCUAACCUACAUAUGGAAUGACCGUUUUUCAUCUCCCCACAUACGGUAACACACACGGACACACAGUACAGUACGGGCAGUCUAGCAACUACCCGUUAUCGAUAAUAUAUAUUUACUCUCUAGCAUCACUUAAGCUUCCCAAGUCACCGGGAUUUUUCACCUCCAAGUUCGAUAAUCGAAGUUGAAUUUACAUCGCCAAGUGCUCCCGUGCUAGCAUUGGAAAGGAAAGACUGAGAUGGGUUUAUAGCGAGACUCAAAUCAAACCUGUCUAGCUUAUCAACUCGUGUUCGGCAAAUAUGUCGCGCGCCUCGAAACUCACCCUAGCGGGCACCUCGCUCUUUGCUGUUGGUACGGUUAUCAUGGUGCACUUCCAGCAGAAGGUUGAGAAAGAGGCCAUGCAUCAGGGUGUUGUACGCGACAUGGAGCAGCAGCGGAUCAAGAAGGAGCGCCAGCUUGAUUUCGAUAUGCAAAGAGUAUUGGAGGAGGAGUAUAAGAAGGGCCAAACUGUUCGAGAUACUACAGACGAAGUGCAAGCCAAAUCGUUACCAGAUCGGUAGUGUAAUGCUUGUAUUUUAUCGCAAUCUAAGUCUGCUCCUCGUCGGUAGCACUACUACGGUCUACUAUGGCGGUCAUUAUAUCCCGUCUAGUCUGGCUUCACCUAAAAUUAGGGACAGGACGUUUUGUGAAACUGGUAUGAUUAUUAGGUGUGUUAUAAGAAGACGAUCUUAGUUGCUGGGAGUAAUAUGGUCCGAGGCGGAUUGCAUUUCUACUGACAUGAGGAUUAAUAGGCGAAGAGUCCAGUUUCAGCAUUCUUGCUAUCAAUGCCAACAUUCUCCUCUUCGACUAGUCCCAGGAGGUAACAUGCUACUCUACCAGCUCUAGUUAUUAGAACGCUCUAAGGAGCAUCCGCCGUAACAAUUUAUCAAUAUAUUAAAUUUGAAUCUA